GCAUCGUAACAACUCGGCCAUGGCCGAAGUGUUCCGAUUGAUGUAAAACUGUGAACUGCAGCCUAUCGUUAUGUUUUGACAGAAUAAAACAAGAAAAAAGUUGAUGCAUAGCAUCAAGUCGGCGCAAUGCAAUUAGAAAAAAAACGUGCAUGCAGAUAACCAAAAAUGCUGAGCUGACAGACACAGGCCAAAUGGAUGAAGAUUCUGAGACUCCAUGUUCUUCAACCCAAACAGACAUCAACGGGCAGUACAUAGAGGGAAUGAAACAUAAGAUUGAAGCACUCCAAUCUCAAAAUCAGCACUUGAAGUCUCAGGUAUCAGACAAGUUCUCAGAAAAAGACUUUGAAGGGAAUGAUGAAAAGGUGAACCACUUGACCGGUUUGUCAUCUCAUGAAACUCUGAUGUUGGUGUUUGAGUACAUCCUUCCCUAUUUGUCAUCUUCACUUGUUUUGACACAGUUCAAGAUGUUAAUCAUGACUCUUAUGAGACUAAGACUUAACUUGUCAGUGAUGUUCCUGGCAUAUGAAUUUGGUGUUUCUCAGGCGACAGUGUCACGAGUGUUUACCAAUGUAAUGGACUGCAUGUUUGCUAGACUACACCCAAUGGUACAUUGGCCUCAGCGAGAAGUGUUACAAAAGACAAUGCCAAUGCAGUUUCGAAAAAACUUUGGGAAGAAAGUUGUUUCCAUUAUAGACUGUUUUGAAGUGUUUAUUGAAAAACCUUCUAAUUUACAGGCUUCGGCAGAAACCUACAGACACCAUCAUACUGUUAAAUUUCUUAUAGGAAUAACGCCUCAAGGAACUGUGUCUUAUAUUUCAAAAGGUUGGGGUGGUGGAACCAGCGACAAUUAUAUAACUGAACACUGUGGGUAUUUGAAUAAGCUGUCUCCAGGUGAUUUGAUCUUAGCUGACCGAGGUUUUGAUAUAAGUACAAGUGUUGGCUCACUUGCAGCGUCGGUUAACAUACCAGCUUUCACGAAAGGUAGAGAUCAGCUAUCAGCGGCAGACAUUGAAUCAACAAGAAAACUUGCAAAUGUCCGAAUUCAUGUAGAACGGGUAAUUGGGACUGUCCGUCAAAAGUACUCAUUUUUAAAUGGAACUGUGCCUAUAAGAUUUCUAAUAUUUAAGGACGAAAAUGAUUUCACUGUACUUGACAAAAUUGCCCAUGUGUGUUGUGCAUUAGUUAACCUAAAUGCAUCAGUUGUUGGAUUUGAUUAAAAGUGACCUACAUGUUGUUGUUUUGUUUGCACAUCAUGUUAGUAUUGUUAUUGAAGGCGCCACUGCUACAUGUGCAUAA